UGCAAGAUGAAUUCAUCUCAGAAAGCCAGUUAUCAUGCAGGAGAGGCUAAGGGUCAAACUCAGGAGAAAGCUAGCCAAAUGAUGGACAAAGCUAGAGAUACUGUCCAAUCUGCCCAACAAUCCGUUCAGGAGACUGGACAACAGAUCAAGGCUAAGGCACAAGGAGCUGCAGAUGCAGUGAAAGAUACUUUUGGAGCAAACAAAUAAAUUAUUGGAAAAAUUCAGUUCUAAUUAGUAAUUUAAGUUCCAUAAAGUGUUGGU